AUGGGCGGAAAGGUCUUCGAGCUCGUGAAGAUGCCCAACGGCGGCCCACCUGAGGUACCUCGUAUGUCGCCAGAUUUAUACAAGAAGGUGAUAGCAGACUGUCAGCCAAAGCUCCAAGCUCUCUUCAGGAACGUCGUUGUUCCUCGAGAUGUUGUUGGUAAAAUCGACCACGGUGACGUCGACUUCCUUGUAGAGGGAAUUCUCUCCACCACUCCAGCGGAGGCAAUUUGGGAGACAACAAAGACCAGAUUCGGAGCCGAGCUGCACGUACCACGAAAUCAGUCGCAGUCCUUUGGUAUUCCUCACCCAGAGAUAUCAGGUGCUUUCGUGCAGGUCGAUGUCGAGCUCUCACCUGGCAGCGGCACGUCCGACAGCGCUGAGCUCUUCGAGUGGACAAAGUUCAUGAAAGGCGAUGCGGACCUUCUCCAAAUCAUCGGAAUUGCGCAUCGGCCUCUAGGUAUCACCUGCAACGAUCGAGGGCUGCAUCUGCGUCUCGAGCAGAUAGAGCCGUACGACAAGAAAAAGGCUCUUUUGUUCUUGACGCGCGAUCCUGUCCAGGCGAUGCAAUUCUACGGCUUCGACGUCGACAAAUACCACAAGGGCUUCGAGGACGAGACCGAUCUGUUCGAUUGGGUGGCUGCCGGCAGGUUCUUCUCAUCCGAAAUCUUCGAGCGCCGAGUCGAGAGGUCCGACGAUCGAUCUCGGCAUUCCAAGAGGCCCAUGUACCGCCACUUUGUCGAUGACUACAUGCCAAAAACACACAGAGGCACAGGUAAUGCCUGGUCCAGGGAAAGCGUUCUUUGCGAGGCCAUCAAAACAUUUGGUGUGCAUGCCGAGUACGACGCUAUGAUGACCGUGCAUCUCACAAAGGUAGCGGAAGAGGAAUUGUGGAAGGAGGUCAAGGCUGUUAUACCAGCCCAAGACAAAGCUCUAGCAGCUGCAGUGCGAGCCCUCCGGCGCCGCGUCGUUUUUAGCAACGGCAAACCACGAAUCGCCGAUACGCCAACGCUGCCUGGAGAUUACAUUGUCUGGGCGGAGCACGUCUCUGAGAGCAGCAAAAACGAUGUUCUGAUGUGGGUUGAGAAGAACUGGCGGGAGGUUAAGAGCAGGGACAAAGCAGGUAUGAACGCUGCUAGAGAAGCAUGA